UCGCCGCCGAGUGUGAAGCGGCCGGGAUGAGAAUCAGCACCUCCAAAUCCGAGUCCAUGGUCCUCAGCCGGAAAAGGGUGGAGUGCACUCUCCGGGUCGGGGAUGAGAUCCUGCCCCAAGUGGAGGAGUUCAAGUACCUCGGGAUCUUGUUCACGAGUGAGGGAAGGAUGGAGCGGGAGAUCGACAGGCGGAUCGGUGCGGCGUCUGCAGUAAUGCGGACUCUGCACAGAUCCGUCGUGGUGAAGAGAGAGCUGAGCCGAAAGGCGAAGCUCUCAAUUUACCAGUCGAUCUUCGUUCCUACCCUCACCUAUGGUCAUGAGCUUUGGGUAGUGACCGAAAGAACGAGAUCGCGGGAGCUCGGAGUAGACCCGCUGCUCCUCCGCGUUGAGAGGAGCCAGUUGAGGUGGCUCGGGCAUCUAGUUAGGAUUCCUACCGGACGCCUCCCGGGUGAGGUGUUCAGGGCACGUCCCACCGGUAGGAGACCCCGGGGAAGACCCAGGACACGCUGGAGAGACUAUGUCUCUCGGCUGGCCUGGGAACGCCUCGGGAUCCCCCGGGAAGAGCUGGACGAAGUGGCUGGGGAGAGGGAAGUCUGGGUUUCCCUGCUAAGGCUGCUGCCCCCGCGACCCGACCCCGGAUAAGCGGAAGA